CGCAGCGGGAACGUCCCAGAAAUGACGCUGCACCGCGCCUGCCUCCACUGCGGAUCAGCUGCGGCCAUUCAAAUGAAAAUCAUCUCAGGUUAAGUUGGAAGAUGGAACCCAGACACUGUCAAGCGGCAGUCUUUACGCCAAGAGGCCAGGCAAAGCCGCCAACAAAAGACUGAUUUACAAUAUGGAUGACCCUCCCGGUGAAGUGGGUGCCAGGCGUCGAGUGGGCCAUGGGUGGGAGGCGUCGCGAGCGCUCAGUCGCAGCUCACGCCUCCCGCUGGUCAGCACGAGGCUGGCGGCGCCAGCACGCCUCCGCCCGUCCCGCACCCCCGCACCGCCCCCACUCAUGUGGUCCCACCCCCCGCCGUGGCCAAGCAGGAGCAAAGCCUAGACUGUGCUCGCCAGCGAUGGUCAGGAUGUGAUUCCUGGGGAUUUGUCGCCCCCAUCCUGGGUUUAACGCGAGGCGCGGCGGUGCAGCCCUGGCUGGCGCCCCCGCAGACCAUGGUGCUGCAUUGCGAGGGGCGGAUACCGCCCCUGGGCCAGGAGAGGGUGGACUGUAUCCCUCCUGAGCCAUUCCCGCCGCCUGUCACCGACUACCUGGGCUCACCGGCCUACCCAACGCCCUUCAUCCACGUGGUCCGCUGGAGCAAGCUGUGGGGCUGCCUGCCCAUCUCGUACAAGGAGUCGGCCAACUCGUGGUGCCUCAGCCCCUUCCUCACCUUCUGGGUGGUGUGCAUGAUCGGCAUCAAUCUGCCGACCUUCUAUGACUGUAUCAAAAGCUCGUUGGGCUCGGAGGGCCUCAUGCUGUACGUGAUGGUGAUGAUCGUGUGCGUCAUGAGCAUCUCGGCCGUGUCCAUGCACGUGCUGGCCCUCGUCUACUACGGACAGUGGACUGACUUCCUCAACAGCUGGAUGGUGUUCGAGCGACAGUUCCCGACGCUGACGGUGGGCGUGCGUUCCAUCCGCGUCUCGUACCCGCUCUUCAUCGGCUUCUUCCUCUACUUCCUCUUCUUCGUGGUGAACAUCCUCAACGAGCUGCGCUUCAACCUGAUCAACAACGACGGCGUGUGGCGGAUGCUGUCCCUCGUGUACGUGUACGUCAUCUACAGCUUCACGCUCUCCAUGCCCGUGCUCUGGGUGGUCAUGGCCUCCAAGGUCUUCACGCUCUGCCUCUGCCACGUCAGACACGAGCUCGAGUCCAUCAUUGAGUGCGUCAAAUACGGCGUUCGCUGCACCAACUCGCCGAUACAGAAGUGCAUCGCCACGGGGGACAUGAACCGCAUGCAGGAGGCCGUGCUGGACCUGGCCAAGCUCAUCGAAUGCUUCAAAGUCAUCAUGGGUCCCUUCAUGCUGGUCAUCGUCCCCCACCACAUCAUCUCCCUCAUCUGCUUCCUCUACUGGACCCUCGUCUCCAUCCUCGACUACUCGGACUGGUACUUCCCCCUCAGCUUCGGCCUCCUCUCCGCUCAGGCCAUCUUCCCUAUCUUCUGCGGCGCCAUCUACAGCGAGGACGUACACACACAGAAGGAGUCCUUGAUUGAGCCUCUGAUUAUCCUGAAGAGCUCCAUGGCGGACGAAGCAGCCAAGCACAAGAUGAAUACCUUGAUCGACCACCUGGACAGACUGGACGCGCAGGUGGAGGGCCGAGGCUUCUUCACACUGAACAAGGGAAUGGCAACCUCGGUGAUCAACACGGUGGUGACAUAUUUGGUGGUUCUCAUCCAGUUCUACGGAGCCGCCAAGAAGAAGCGCUGAAGGCUGACCGAGAGGAAACUGUACCGCAAGACAUAUCCAACCCGACCCUGGCAGCGAUCUUCUCUCUCUCUCUCUCUCUCUCUCUCUC